AUGGUGCCGGCGUCCAGAUGCGCCGGCGUCCAGUUGCCACUUCCUCCCUUUUCCAAGUUUCGGUUUCGGGUUCAGCCCGACCCUGCAGCUUCGACGCCUAUCAACUCUCGGGCUGUGGGCCACUAGGUCUGCCCUGCUCCCCAGCACUCAGGCAGCCCUUGCCCUGCCCAACCCGGCCAGCGAGCUCAAAGCGGUACCGGGUCGGCAGCUCCGCCCCGGAAUCCGCCCUCGCCGACUGCAGCCAGAACUUUUCGUAGUCAGGCGCUGCCCGGGGCGCUGAUCUUCCUCCGGGUCAAGGCUGGGGAGGCUCCCUGUCGCUGGAGUCGCUGCUAGCAGUGAGCGGGCUGCGGAUAACGGCAUGGAGUGUCCUCACUGCAGGCAUGUGUCCCGAGAGGAGUCACCCAGGUUCUGCAGCCAGUGUGGACAGAAACUGUCUCCUCCAGCUCCUGUACAAGAUUCUGCGAACAAUGAUGUCUUCGUGGUGGCGUCAGCCUCAGAGGGGAAGACUGAGCAGGGGGAAGAGCUGAAAGAGGAGGAGUCCCCAGGCUCCAGCAAGGAGCUGGAGAACCCAGAGGAGUCUGAUGCCUCCUGGACCAUCCAAAUGAGUAAAAAGAAGAGGAAGAGGAGAAACCAGAGCACCACUUCCUCAGAGGCAGGUUCCUUGUCUUCCACGUCUUCUGGUCUCUGGAGUCUGGAUAUGCCUUCAAGCCUUGGAUCCCAGGACUCAACCUUGGCCCAGAACCAAGUCCAGCAGGCUGGUGUGGGUAGCCAGCCUGGCCAGUCACAGCAUACGGUGACUAUGCCAAUGGAGAACGGCUGUGUGCAUGCCGAAGACAGCAGCCUCCCUCUGCAGGGUCACAGUGGGACAGGCACAGACCGUGGCAUUGGAGGUGGGGCCCAGAGGAACCCUGACCCCAGUAACCACACAGAAGUUAAGGGCCUCAGCACUUCUAAAGCUUCAGUGGACGAGGACCUGCCUCAAAAGGGGCACUGUGGUCCAGCCCCUUCUGCCUGCAAAGACCCCGCUAAGGUUACCGAUGCUGUUCAGAGUGCCCCAUUGCCUGAAUCUAAGGGACAGAAGUCUGAACACAAGGAAAAAGGGCCUGUGACUGCAGAGCUGGCUGCCUCAGAGCCAGUUGAUGUUACAGCCAAGGGAGCCAAUCCAGAGAAGGAUGGGAAAGAAAAAAGAGACAGUGGUCAGAAACAGAAACCAUCCCCUGUGAGUCCUGCUGCCACCAAGGUAGGAGAUGCUGACGCUAAACCGAAAGGCAAGUUGGCUGAGACUGGGAGGAACACAGAUGAGAUUGCGAACACCCAACCAGAAGACCAGAAGAAGCCAGAAGAGAGCAGAAAUUACGCAGCUGCUUUGAAAAACCAAAAGGAGCAGAGAAACCAGAAGGCUGCUGCACCAGAGGCUGCAAUGAGAACACUUAACCCAGAGGAUGGAGUCACUGUGUACUUCCACGCCAUUGUCUCCCAUGACUUCUCAUUCAACCCUGACAACAACAGAGUGUGUGUCAGAGGAGGAGAGGGGCUCGGGAAGGAACCCUGGACUGAUGCUUGCGAGAUGAACUACACCAAAGACCUUCAUGAGCUCGGGUCUCUCGUUGAGGGCAGCAUGGUCAUUCCCAGGCAGAGCCUGAACAAACCCAUCCCUUAUAAGUAUGUCAUUCACCGUGGUGGCAAUAGCAAGGAUGCCGUAGACUACGAAUUUAUCUAUGAGCCCCCACAGAAGAAAGGCGAGCAUGUGAACCGCAGUCUGUUGGUGGAUUCUGCCCACUUGGGCACUGGAGACUGGCAUCAGUAUGACGACAUAAUCUGCAUGAAGCCUCCUGGGAAGAUCCAGAGAUUUUUUGAUUCCUUCACUGAUGGCUCAAGACAGAAGCUGGUGAGAGGAAAGAAGAUUGCCGCUGUGGUCAUGCUGGAUCGCAUCUUCAGUGUCCUCCAGCCCUGGAGUGCCAUCAACCUGCAGAGCUUCAUGACCCAGUUCCUGCAGUUUUACUCUGUGGUCCGAAUGCCUAUGGUCCAUGAAGGGCAGGCUAGGCGACCAUGGUCCAGUCUGCAAUACAAAGAGAGAGAGGUGAGGGCGCACCUGUGGGAGCAUGUGAAAACCCUGAUGGCACCCUUCCUGGAAGGGAAGAGCGGGGACUCUCUGCCUGCCGAUUGCCCUGUGAGGAGUGGACUAAAGUUGGGCCUGACCGUCCUUUUCAUGGUGGAAUCAGUGGACUUUGUUGUCCCUAAAAAUGACCUGGACAUGCUCUGCUUCCUCCUCACUCCGAGCGUUGGCCCGCCAGAAGCUCUUCACAGUGACCUGAGCCCCCUCCUCAGCAAACCUCAAAAAUGGCGUGCGUACUUGGUAAACCUGUGCUGCAGGUGCAUAGCUGAGGACAUGGACCGCUGGCUGGGCACCUUACCCAUCCUGCACCGUUGCAUGCAGCUGUCCCCACCCAGGAGGGCCUCUAAGAGCCAGUCCGAGGACACCUGGGCAGGCCUUGAAGGAAUCUGUUUCGCACAGUUUCGGGAGAAAGCACCCACUAAGAGUCGGGUUCUCCAGUUCAUGGAGUCUAAGAUGGCCCUGCUGCAGGUGGAUGACUUCCUCUUCCGCUCCUGGUUCAGCCUGGUUCCGCUGGAAAGCUUGACUUCCUACUUGGAAAACUCGACAGAAUACCUGAGUCACGUGCCUGCCUGUGUCCUGGAUUGUUUUCAAGGGGUUUCAUAUCGGCUUCGAGGACUGGCGAAGAUCUCCCAUGAAAACCUAGAGGAUGUCAGGCGGAUCUUUACAAUGCUGAUUCACCUUGUGGACAUUUAUAAGACCACGAUUCUUGGGGAGUCCCUGUUACAGACCUUCUUACCUGAGUGUCUGACCCUCCAUGAAACUGUCUGUAACAUCACAGCCUACGGAAAGUUCUAUGAGGUUCCUGCCCUGUCUGCCGAGCUUGUCUGUAAAAUGCUUCAGCUCAAACCCCCAGGGGGUGCCACAGAGGGGCCGGUUUCCACAGAUAACGAAGACUUGCCGACAAACAUCUUCCAGGGGGCCCUGAGCACCACAAGAAACUGGCUGCGCAGCAUGUUUAAAAGAAACAUCUUCUAUACCGGUCCAGCCACUCCCCGCUUUACCUAUCCUGAGGAGAUGGCGCUGUGGCGACGGCUGGUAGAAAUCAACUUCCCCAGGAAGUAUGGCUGGAAGGGGUCGCUGCUGGGAGACUUGGAAGGAAGGCUCAAGCAGGAGCAGCCCCGUUUGCAGAUCUCCAUCUUCUGCAGCAGUCAGUGGCAGGAUCGUGGACUCCAUGACAGCGUGGCCAGGAGCUUUGAGAAGUGUGUCAUUGAAGCCGUGAGCUCCGCUUGCCAGUCUCAGACCAGUGUCCUUGAGGGGCUCUCCUGUCCAGAUCUGCAGAAACUUGGUACUCUCUUGUCGGCUGUGAUAACCAAGUCCUGGCCUAAGCACAACGGGGAGGCUGUGUCGGACAUGGAUGAGAUCCUCAAAUACCUGCUCACGUGGCCAGAUGUGAGGCAACUCUUCAAACUGUGUGGAAGCAACGAGAAAAUCUUAGACAACAUCACGGGGGAAGGCAGGCAGCUGAUGGCCACGGCUGAGUCUGUGUUCCAAAAGGCUGCAGAGGAACUUGAGGAUGGGGCCAUCGUGAUUGGACAGCUGGAGUUGAUCCUUGAGCACAAGCGUCAGUUUGUUGACAUCUGGAACUUAAAUAGAGUGCGGCUGCCACGUGCAGAGAAGGCCUGUGAUCUGGAGGGCUUGCUGGCCAGGAGAAAGGAUGACCUGCUGUUCCUCAAGCGAGAGAAUAGACACGUGGAGAGCCUCCUGAGGCAGUUUGGGAGAGUGAAACACCUCGUGGAAGUGGACUUUGGAUAUAUUGAGGCAAUACACUCUCAGGACCUCAGCAAUAAGAGACUCAAUGAAGCAUUGAUAAACCUACCUGAUUCGUCUCCCCACAAAAGGAAGACUCAUUACUCCCUGAGCCCUGAGAUCCAAGAAAUCGCAAGCCAGCUAGACUCCCUGAAAGACAGCCACAUCUUCCAAAUGUUCUGGCAAGAGACAGCAGAGGCACUGAGUACUCUGAAUCAGGACCCCAGAAAGUUGAAAUUAUUGCUCUCAGAAGCCUGUGAAUGCCUGUACCACCCCUGCUAUGAGAAAUUCUACAUACUCUAUGAGAACCUGAAGUCAGGAGAGAUCACCUUUGCUGAAGUUGAUGACAUCUUCAGGGACUUUGUAGAUAAAUAUGGUGACCUGACUGUUGAACUAAACGUCAUGUGCACUGUGGAUCCCCAAGAGCAAAAAGGUUGGAUCCCUGAGCGCGUGGCGCAGAUCAAGGAAUACCACAGCCUGCACCAGGCUGUCAGCUCUGCCAAGGUCAUCGUUCAGGUCCGAAGCACUUUGGGCGUGACCGGUGACUUCAGUGUUCUAGACAAGCUGUUAAAAUUCGCGGAUUCCUUUGAGGACUUUUGCAAUGAGAAACUGAAGCAGAUCAGCCCAGAGUUCAUCCGGGCCAAGAAAUUGCUCCAAGACAUCAGUGAACCACGACGCCGCUGCCUGGAGGAACUCUCUCGGCAGAAGGAACUUGUGGACUGGCUGCACGAGGCCCUGGAAGACAUCAAUGAACUCAAGGUGUUUGUGGACCUGGCCUCCAUCUCAGCGGGGGAGAACGACAUCGACGUGGACCGGGUGGCCUGUUUCCAUGAUGCCGUGCAGGGCUACGCGUCCCUGCUGUACAAGAUGGACUUGAGCGCAGACUUCUCCCAGUUUGUGGAUCAUCUGCAGGAGCUCUGGAGGGCCCUGGACAAUGACCAGCACCUGCCCAGUAAGCUGCAAGAUUCUGCCAGAAAUUUGGAGUGGCUGAAGACAGUGAAGGAAAGCCACGGGUCUGUGGAGCUCUCGUCUCUGUCCCUGGCCACAGCAAUCAACAACAGGGGCAUCUAUGUUAUUAGGGCACCCAAAGGUGGUCAGAAGAUUUCCCCAGACACCGUCCUACACCUCCUCCUCCCGGAGAACCGUGGUGCUCAGGAGGGGCUGCGCAUCUACUCCACAGAAGAGCUGAAGGAGCUUUUAAAUAAGCUCAUGCUCAUGUCUGGGAAGAAAGACCACAGCAGCAGCCUAGAGGUGGAGAAGUUUUCAGAGGUCUUCAGCAGCAUGCAGCGGCUUGUGCAUGCCUUCAUAAACCUGCACUGCGCGGGAAACAUGCUGUUCAGGUCUUGGACUGCUGAGGUCUACUGCUGCCCCAGGUGGGGCAUCUCCAUCCGCAUGGACUUUGGCUUGGAGCUGGUGAGCCAGUUGGCGGAGAGUGGUGACGUCAUUGAGCUCCUGGGAGCCCUCUGCAGGCAGAUGGAGGACUUCCUCGACCACUGGAAAACAGUAGUGGCCCAGAAGAGAGCCAAACACUUUUACCUCAACUUCUACACAGCUGAGCAGCUGGUCUACCUGAGCAGGGAGCUCAGGAAACCCAGACCCAGCAAAGCUGCCCUCAUGAUGCUGUCCUUCAUCACAGGGGGAUGCACCAUCCGUGACGUUGUAGAAGCCACCAGUUCCUGUGAAAGCAAUGCUGCCAGACACUGCCUGAGGGAGGUGGUGGAAAAGCUGCCUCAGCAGCUACUUUCUGAGUCCAGCUUAAUGGGCAAGCUUCGGGUUAUCAUGGAGCAAUCCACAGUGUGCAUGAGUGCCUUCCUGCCCAACUGUCUGGACCUGGAUGCCCUGGGUAGAUGCCUGGCUCAGCUGGCCACACGGCGUGACUGUCCUGUGGAGCGGCCACUCCCCGAAGGCCUGCAGGUUGGCCAGCCUAACCUGGUGUUGUGCGGCCACUCUGAGGUGUUGCUGGCCGCACUGGCCAUCUAUAUGCAGGCCCCCAGGCAGCCUCUGCCCACCUUUGAUGAGGUGUUGCUCUGCACCCCGGGGACCACAGUCGAGGAGGUGGAGCUAUUCCUGCGACGCUGCCUCACGCUGGGCUCCCAGGAGCACAAGCUCUACAGCUUGCUGUUCGCGGACCAGCUGAGCUAUGAAGUGGGCUGCCGGGCUGAGGAGCUCUUCCAGAGCCUGUGCGCGCAGCGCCACCGUGAAGACUACCAGCUGGUGAUGAUCUGUGACGCUGCCCGGGAGCACUGCUACCUCCCCUCCACCUUCAGCCAGCACAAAGUCCCCCUGGUGCCCCAGGCCCCACUGCCGGACAUCCAGGCCUACCUGGAGAACCAUUAUCAGGUCCCGAAGCAGACCCUGUCGGCAGCGGCUGUAUUCAGAGACCGGAUGUGUGUGGGGAUCGUGACCUCUGAAAGAGCUGGUGUUGGAAAGUCGCUCUACGUGAACAGAUUGCACAAAAACCUGAAAAUGAAGCUAAAGGACAAAAAGGCGCCUCUAAAAACUAUUCGCCUGACGGACCCUCAUGUAGACGAGAGCCGGGUCCUGAGCUCCCUCCUGCCGUUCCUGGAGAAGGACUCUCAGAAGACCCCUAUGAUAGUCCACAUUGAUGUCAGCACUUCGGUCCAGACUGGGAUUCCUGUCUUUCUUUUCAAACUCCUCAUUCUGCAGUACCUAAUGGAUACAAGCGGGAAAAUGUGGCUUCGGGACCCGUGCCAUUUAUAUGUUGUUGAAAUCUCACAAGAGUCCUCCGUACAGCCAAAGAGGUCUUCUAAACUGAAUGCACAUGCACCUCUGUCCAGGUUUCUUGACAUCUUCCCCAAAGUUACUUGCCGUCCUCCCAAGGAAGUAAUCACCAUGGAACUGACUCCCAACAGGAGCCAGAGGGAACCAGGAAUGGACCCAGGAGAGUUCAGCAGUGAAGCUUUCCAAAGACCUUACCAGUAUUUAAAACGGUUCCACCAAAACCAGAACCUGGACACAUUUCAGUACGAAGAAGGCUCCGUGGAAGGCUCCCCUGAGGAGUGCCUGCAGCACUUCCUGAUUUACUGUGGUGUGGUCAACCCUUCCUGGGCAGAGCUCCGGAACUUCGCUUGGUUUCUGAACUGUCAGCUCAAAGACUGUGAGGCUUCUGUCUUCUGCAACCCGGCUUUUACUGGAGACACACUCAGGGGCUUCAAGAACUUCGUGGUAACCUUCAUGAUCUUAAUGGCGAGAGAUUUUGCCACUCCGACUCUCCACACUUCAGACCAAAGCCCGGGUAACCACAUGGUCACCAUGGAUGGAGUUGCUGAAGAAGACCUAGCUCCCUUCUCUCUUCGAAAGAGAUGGGAGUCAGAGCCCCAUCCCUAUGUUUUCUUCAAUGAUGACCGCAUGACCAUGACAUUCAUAGGUUUUCACUUGCAGCCCAACAACAAUGGCUAUGUUGAUGCCAUCAAUCCCUCAAAUGGGAUGGUCAUCAAAAAGGCUGUCAUGACGAAAGAAUUGUUUGAUGGGCUGAAGCUUCAGAGAGUGCCCUUCAAUAUCAACUUUGACAACCUUCCCAGACAUGAGAAGCUUGAAAGACUCUGCCUGGCACUGGGGAUUGAGUGGCCCAUUGACCCUGAUGAAACAUACGAACUCACAACAGACAAUAUGCUUAAGAUCCUAGCCAUUGAAAUGCGGUUUCGGUGUGGGAUCCCAGUUAUCAUCAUGGGAGAGACAGGCUGUGGGAAAACCAGGCUCAUCAAAUUCCUUAGUGACCUCAAGCGUGGUACUGUUGAAGCAGAAACUCUGAAGUUGGUGAAGGUCCAUGGAGGGACAACUCCAUCCAUGAUCUACUCCAAGGUCAAGGAUGCUGAGCGCAUAGCCUUCUUCAAUAAAGUUCAACAUGAGCUGGAUACCAUCUUGUUCUUUGACGAAGCCAACACAACGGAAGCUGUGAGCUGUAUCAAAGAGGUCCUGUGUGACGGAGCAGUGGAUGGUGAGCGCCUAACGAAGGACUCUGGCCUGCAUGUCAUUGCUGCUUGCAACCCUUACCGGAAGCACUCCCAGGAGAUGAUCCUCCGCCUGGAGUCAGCAGGUUUGGGAUACAGGGUGAGUGCAGAGGAGACUGCAGAGAGGCUGGGCUCCAUCCCGCUGCGGCAGCUGGUCUACCGCGUCCACGCUCUGCCCCCAAGCCUCAUUCCUCUGGUAUGGGACUUUGGACAGCUGAAUGACUAUGCUGAAAAUCUCUACAUCCGGCAGAUCGUGCAGAGAGUAGACUUUAUCACAGAAGACCACACUUCUGUGAUUGUGGAUGUACUCUCCGCCUCUCAGAGGUACAUGAGGAAGAGGGAGAAUGAAUGUGGUUUCGUCAGCCUCCGGGAUGUGGAGCGCUGUGUCAAAGUUUUCCGAUGGUUUCACGACCACAGCGAGAUGCUCUUAAACAAGCUCCAUGACUUUCUCCACGAAUCCAGUGAUAGCAAACACACCUUUGAGAGAGAUCCUGUUCUCUGGUCCCUGGUAAUGGCCAUUGGCGUGUGUUACCACGCCUCUUUAGAAAAGAAAGCGUCCUACCUCAGAGCCAUUGGCAGGUGCUUUCCAGAACCAUACAAUGACAGCAAGGUCAUUCUUGAUGAGAUCACUCUUGUACAAGAUCUUUUUCUGAGGGGGGCACCCAUUAGGACAAACAUAGCCAGGAACAUGGCUUUGAAGGAGAAUGUCUUCAUGAUGGUAAUCUGCAUAGAGCUUAAGAUCCCCCUCUUCCUGGUGGGGAAGCCUGGCAGCUCCAAAUCCCUUGCCAAGAUCAUUGUAGCAGACGCCAUGCAAGGGCAGUCUGCCUUCUCUGAUCUCUUCCGCCGCCUGAAACAAGUCCACCUGGUGUCGUUCCAGUGCAGCCCCCACUCCACCCCGCAAGGGAUCAUCGGCACCUUCAGACAGUGUGCUCGCUUCCAGCAGGGCAAAGACCUGCAGCAGUAUGUCUCUGUGGUGGUGCUGGAUGAGGUCGGCCUGGCCGAAGACUCACCCAGAAUGCCCCUUAAGACCCUGCACCCCCUGCUGGAGGAUGGGUGCAUUGACGAUGAUCCCGCCCCCUACAAAAAAGUAGGCUUUGUUGGCAUUUCCAACUGGGCUCUGGAUCCUGCCAAGAUGAACCGGGGCAUUUUUGUGUCACGAGGCAGUCCCAGUGAGAAAGAGCUCAUAGAGAGCGCUGAAGGCAUCUGCUCUUCGGACAGGCUGGUUCAGGACAGAAUCCGAGGGUAUUUUGCACCCUUUGCCAAGGCCUAUGAAACAGUGUGUCAGACCCAGGACAAGGAAUUCUUUGGGCUUCGUGACUAUUACAGCCUCAUCAAGAUGGUCUUCGCCAAAGCCAAAGCUUCCACUCGGGGGCUUUCCCCACAAGACAUUGCUCAUGCUGUCCUCCGGAACUUCAGUGGGAAGGACAACAUCCAGGCGCUAGACAUCUUUACAGCCAGUCUUCCCGGGGCCAGGUACAAGGAAGACGUCAGCACUGUGGAACUGAUCAAGCAGAACAUUCACAGUGGUCUGCAGGCGUCCAGCAGGGGGCUGGACGGGGCCGAGUCCCGUUACUUGCUGGUGCUGACCAGGAACUAUGUGGCCCUGCAGAUCCUGCAGCAGACACUCUUUGGUGAGGGUCAGCAACCGGAGAUCAUCUUUGGCUCCAGCUUUCCCCAGGACCAGGAAUACACCCAGAUCUGCAGGAACAUCAACCGGGUGAAGAUCUGCAUGGAGACGGGAAAGAUGGUGGUGCUGCUGAACCUGCAGAACCUGUACGAGAGCCUGUACGAUGCUCUCAACCAGUACUAUGUCUACCUCGGGGGCCAGAAGUACGUGGACCUUGGACUGGGUACCCAUCGUGUCAAAUGUCGAGUCCACAGUGACUUCCGCCUCAUCGUCAUUGAGGAGAAAGAUGUGGUGUACCAACAGUUCCCUGUGCCCCUCAUCAACCGGCUGGAGAAGCACUACCUGGACAUCAACACCGUGCUGGAGGGGUGGCAGAAGGACAUUGUGCAUGAGCUGCAACAGUGGGCCUGGGAUUUUGCCGAUGUGAAAGCAGACCAGCUCAUUGCCAGGCACAAGUAUAGUCCUGCAGACACAUUCAUCGGCUACCACUCUGAUGCCUGCGCCUCCAUGGUGCUGCAGGCCGUGGAGAGGCAGGGCCCCAGGGACCUGACUGAGGAGCUGUACCGCAAGGUGUCUGAAGAGGCCAAGCUCAUCCUGCUGGAUUGUGCGACACCAGAUGCUGUGGUCCGACUGCGUGGUUCCGCACUGGGCUCCUUCACUGCGGAGCAGCUGGCGCAGGACUAUUACUACAAGCAACAACACAACUCCUUUGCAGACUUCCUCCAGGCCCACCUGCGCAUGGCCCAUCUGGAGGGCCAGGCUGUCUUCACAGAGAUCACCACUUUCUCCAGACUGCUGACCAGUGUGGACUGUCAGGACCUGGCGUCUGAGCUGAGAGGACUGGCCUCCAAGCCUGCGGUCCUGUCACUGCAGCAGUUCCACACUGAGUACUCCUUCCUUAAGGAAGUCCGCUCUUGCUUAAUGAACCCAGCCAGACGUAAAAUCCUUGUCAUCCAGACGGACUUUGACGAUGGCCACCACAGCGCCCAGCUUGUAGCCUCUGCCAAGUAUUCCACCAUCAAUGAAAUCAACAAAAGUCAAGGAACGAAGGACUUUGUCUUCAUUUAUUUCAUCACGAAACUUUCCCGAAUGGGAAGUGGUACAUCGUACGUGGGGUUCCAUGGAGGGCUGUGGCGGUCAGUACACAUCGACGACCUCCGCAGAUCCACAAUCAUGGCCUCAGAUGUCACUAAACUGCAGAAUGUCACCAUCAGCCAGCUGUUCAAGCCAGCCGACAACCCUGAGCAUGGCCCAGAGGAGGCGAUGGAGACAGAGACCAGUGAGUCGGGGGAAAUGGCAGAGGAAAAAAUGGAAGUGGAAGGACCAGAGGAGCCGGAGACGGUAUCCGACCCAGGAGACUAUGAUGUCCUGGACACCACCAGACUGCUGCGGAGCUGCGUGCAGAGUGCAGUGGGGAUGCUCAGGGACCAGAAUGAGAGCUGUGCACGCAGCACGAGGAGAGUCACCAUUCUUCUUGGCCUCUUAAAUGAAGACAGCGUGCAUAAUGCCUCCUUUUUGCGGGAAUCUAAGAUGCGCCUCCAUGUUCUUCUAACGAAGCAAGAAGAGAACCAGACCCUGAGUCAAAAGCAGUGGGUCACCAGGGAGGCUGCCAAUCAGGAUGCCCUCCAGGAGGCAGGCACCUUCAGGCAUACCCUUUGGAAGCGGAUCCAAAAUGUGGUCACCCCCAUCCUGGCCAGCAUGAUCUCUUACAUCGACAGAGAUGGCAACCUGGAUCUAUUGGCUCAGUCAGAUUCUCCAGCCUGGGCCCAAGAUCUUUGGAUGUUUAUUUUCAGAGACAUUAAGUUCCUGAACAUCCCUCUUGUGGUAAACAACAUAGGGUCCUCCAUCCUGGUACAUAGCCACAUGAACCUGCCCAAGGAUGCCUGUAAUGCUGUGCCUUUCAGCUGGAGGAUCAGGGACUACCUGGAGGAGCUCUGGAUGCAGGCUCAGUACAUCACAGACACACAGGCGUUAUCUAAGAAGUUCGUGGAAGUCUUCCAGAAGACUCCCUUGGGCAGGUUUCUGGCUCAGCUCCCUGUGGCACAGCAGCAGGAUCUCCUACAGAGCUACUCGAAGGACUUCCUGCUUUUGACCAUGAAAGUGGCUUCAAGGGAGGAGUUAGAGUUGCUGCAGACGGCCCUGUGGUCCUGCCUCUGUGAGCUCCGAGUGACUUCGGGAACGCCUGAGGAAGGGCUCUCCUUACCCUGGGUGCACCUUGCCUAUCAGCACUUCAGGACGCGGCUGCAGAACUUCUCCAGAGUGCUGACUAUCCACCCCCAGGUCCUGAAGAGUCUCAGUGAAGCAGCACAGAAGCACAGCUUGGCUGGGAGUGAAAUGACACUAGAUGCGCUUGCAGCAAUGGCCUGUGUUGAAGACCUGGCGGGAGACAUCCUGAAGCCGAGUCCCAAGGCCUGGUUACAGAUGGUGAAGAAUCUGGCCAUGCCGCUGGAGCUUGUCUGUUCCAGAGAGUAUUUGCGGGGCUGUGGGAACACAACCAGAAACACCGUCCAGGAGGUCAGAGCCCUGUGGAACCGCAUUUUCUCCCUUGCGCUCUUUGUGGAGCAUGUUCUCCUGGAGACUGAAAGCCAGAUUCCCGAGCUGAGUCAGCUGGUCACCGAGCAUGUCUUCUUACUAGACAAGUGUCUUGAAGAGAACUCAGACCUCAAGACCCACAGGCCAUUUGUGGCUGUAAUGAAGAUGCUUUGUGAAUGCAAGGACAAAGUCAGCAAGACACUCAGCAGGUUUGGUAUUCAGCCAUGUCACAUCUGCCUGGGAGAUGCACAGGACCCUGUCUGUCUGCCUUGCGAUCACGUAUGUUGUCUACCCUGCAUCAAAACCUGGCUCGUUCCGGGGCAAAUGAUAUGCCCCUACUGCUUAACUGAAUUGUCAAACCAGUUCUCACCAACUGUUUCCCAGAAACACAGCAAAGCCAUCGCGAAGCACGCCCAGUUCCGGAACAUGUGUAACAGCUUCUUUGUGGACCUGGUCUCCACCAUGUGCUUCAAAGAUGACACCCCUCCUCAGGAAAGCGUGAUUGACAGCCUGUUGUCCUUGCUCUUCAUUCAAAAGGAGCUGCUGAGAGACGCUUCCCAAAAGCAUCGUGAACUCACUAAGUCUCUGUCUCCAUUUGAGGAUGUCGUCGACAAGACUCCUGUCAUCCGCUCUGUGCUCCUAAAACUGCUUCUCAAGUACAGCUUCCAUGAGGUAAAGGAUUACAUCCAGAACUACUUGACCCAGUUAGAGAACAAAGCAUUCCCAACAGAAGAUAAAACAGAGCUGUACCUGCUCUUUAUCAGCUGCCUGGAGGACUCCAUCCAUGAGAAGGCAAGUGCUGGCUGUAGAAGUCACAAGCGGGACCUGAGAGAGGAAGGCCAUUUCCUUAGGACAUACUCCCCCGGAAGGCGAGGCCCAGAGCCUGCCAGCACAGCUUCGGUGGAGUACCUGCAGCAGGUGGCCAGAGUCCGCCUCUGCCUUGACCUGGCUGCUGACUUCCUCUCGGAGCUUCAGGAAGGCUCAGAGCUGUCUGAAGAUAAGCAGUGCUUCCUGAAGCAUGUUGAGCAGUUCUGCACCCGCGUCCAGAAUGAUUGGCACCGUGUGUACCUGGUGAGGAAACUCGCAAGCCAGCGUGGGAUGGAAUUCGUGCAGAGCUUCUCCAGGCAGGGCCAUCCAUGCCAGUGGGUGUUUCCCAGGGGUAUCAUCGAACAGCAGAAUAAUGACCCGAGCCAGAUGGACCGGUACCUAGUGCAUGGUGACGAAUACAAGGCUCUGCGUGAUGCAGUGGGCAAAGUUGUGCUCCAGUGCAAGACCCUGGACAUUGGGGCUGCUCUGACAGCCUGCAGAAGUCCCAAAGCCCAGCAGACGGCCUACUUACUGCUGGCCUUGUAUAGAGAGGUGGCUUCUUUGUACCGUUCCCGCAACACCACCCUCCAUCCAAAACCAGAGCAAUGUGAGGCUAUGAAGGAAUUCAUUGAGGAAAGCAAGAUCCUUUCCACUCCUGACAUUGGAUGCUUUGCCAAGUCGCUAGUGGAUAAUGCUCUGCCCCUGCUGCGGACCAGGUCUGCUCACAGCAGCCUGGAAGGAACAGUGACUGAAAUGGCCGUUCAUGCUGCAAUCAUAUUCUUGUGUGGACAAAACAGAGUCUUGGCGCCCCUGAGGAACUUGGCCUUCGAUCCGGCCAACAUGGCAAAUGCUUUCCUCCCAACAAUGCCUGAAGACCUGCUGGUUCAAGCCAGGAGCUGGAUGGGCCUAGAAGGUGUCCAGUGGUACAAUUGUCCCAAUGGCCAUCCAUGCUCUGUAGGAGAGUGCGGCAGGCCCAUGCAGCAGAGCUUCUGUCCAGACUGCCGAGCUCCCAUUGGAGGCCUCAACCACAGGCCGGACCCAGGCUUCCAUCUUAUCAGUAUUAACGAGGACAGAACACAGACCGGCCACGUGCUGGGCGACCCACAGCCCAGUGGUGAAGCAGUGGUAUCUGACCGAGGGCUGUCCCCAGUGGUCUUCAUUCUCACCCGGCUACUCACUCACUUGGCUAUGCUUGUGGGAGCCACUCAGAAUCCUCAGGCCCUGAUCAGAAUCAUUAAGCCUCAGGUUCAGGAUCCACGAGGCUUCCUGCAGCAUCACAUCCAGAGAAACCUGGAACAGCUCAACAAGAUGCUGGGCAGGAGUGCAGACGAGACCACUCAUGUGGUACACCUCAUCCUGCGCUGUUUGCUCCAGGAACGGCACCCCGUGUUUGGCCAGAGUAUAUUAAAUUUUAAUGCAGAAUUGUCAACCAAAGGAUCCAGAAACAACUGGGAGAAGCAUCUUGAAGCUCUUCUUUUACCUGAAUUGAAGCAUCUUGACCAAACCUUGGCAGCUGUAAAUGUUCUUAUCAGCCAAGAUGAGCGCAUCAGCUCCAACUCUGUGGCCAAAAUCAUAUACAGGGACCCAGCAACCUUCCUGCCUCACUUGCCCCAAAAGAGUGUGGUUCAUUGCUCGAAGAUCUGGAGCUGCAGGAAGAAGAUCACAGUGGAGCACCUGCGGCAUAUUGUAGAACAGAAAAAUGGCAAAGAAACGGUGCCUGUCCUCUGGCGCUUCCUCCAGAAGGAAGCAGAACUGAGGCUGGUGAAAUUCUUGCCUGAGAUCUUGGCCUUGCAAAGAGAUCUAGUGAAACGAUUCCAGAACGUUUCAGAAGCAGAGCACAGUUCCAUCCGAGGUUUCAUUAGCAGUCACCAAUCAGAUGCGCUGAGAAAGCUGUACCACGAUCGGAUCACUGUCUUCCUGUCCACCUGGAACGCACUGAGGCGGUCACUGGAGACCAAUGGUGAGAUCAAGCUACCAAAAGAUUACUGUAGCUCCGACUUGGAUCUGGAUGCUGAAUUUGAGGUCAUCCUUCCACGGCGACGGGGCCUGGGCCUCUGUGCAACUGCCUUGGUCAGCUACUUGAUUAGCCUGCACAAUCAAAUGGUCAACACGGUGCAGAAGUUCUCCACGGAAAACAGCAGCUAUUCUGUAGAUACCUCUGAGGUUACUGACCUGCAUGUCAUCCACUACGAUGUGGAACGGGACCUGAUUCCAUUGAUCGUCUCCAACUGCCAGUACCAAGUGCAGCAAGGUGGAGAAACCUCACAAGAAUUUGACCUGGAGAAGAUCCAGCGGCAGAUCAGCAGCCGCUUCCUCCAGGGCAAGCCCAAGCUGACCCUGCAGGGAAUACCCACCCUGGUGUACAGACAUGACUGGAACUACGAGCAUCUCUUCAUGACCAUCAAGAACAAAAUGGCACAGAGCCCACUCACCAACUCAGCCAUCAGUGCCAUCAGAGGACAGCUACAGUCCUACAGUGAUGCCUGUGAAGCCCUGUCUGUCGUAGAAGUCACCCUGGGUUUCCUGAGCACAGCUGGUGGGGACCCUGGCAUGGACCUGAAUGUGUACAUUCAAGAUGUCCUACAGAUGGGCGAUCAGACAGCGCUGACCUUAAAGGCCUUAAACAGAUGUCAGCUGAGACACGUCAUUGCCCUCUGGCAGCUCCUAUCUGCACAUAAGUCAGAACAGCGCCUGCGACUGAACAAAGAGCCGUUUCAGGAAAUUGAUGUCAAGUACAAAGAGGACCUCAGUCCGCAGCACGCAAGGCUCCUCAGCACAUUCCUGAAUGAGGCAGGCUUGGACACCUUCCUCCUGGAGCUCCACGAGAUGAUCGUGCUGAAACUCAGGGGCCCCCAGGCUGAGAGCAGCUUCAACCCCAAUUGGAGCCUCAGGGACACUCUAGUGAGUUACAUGGAGACUAAAGACAGCGAGGUUCUUCCAGAAGUGGAAUCCCAGUUCCCAGAGGAGAUCCUCAUGUCCAGCUGCAUCUCAGUGUGGAAAGCGGCUGCCACACGAAAACAGGACCGGCAAGUGAGGUAGAGCAGCUCAGCCUUCAAACCUGGCUGGAGAGGAAGGUCCUCCCCACCUCCCUUCAUAGCUCCCAACACAGGCUGUGCCUCUGCGUGAAGAAAAGUGGGGGCACUGCACUGGAUUCAAGGCUUACACACACCAUUUAGAGAGCCAAGGUGUUUCUAGAACACUCGCCUAUUCCAAAACUUCCUCAUGUAUGAUGAUACGAAAUUGCCAAUCAACUGCCUCUUGUACAUUCUAGAAGAAACUAAAGAGAACCACAAUCAGGUCAUAACCAAUACUGACCCUCUGAAGACUGCCAGCCUCUUCCCUCAUAGUUCAUGGCCACCAAUUUACUGCACAGAGAGAAAGCACAGGAGCAGUCAAUUUUCCUAUUCUAUGUGUACAAAAAAGAAUUCAUUCUUUCUGUACAUUUAUUCUUCCAGCCCCUUAAGUUUUGAGUGCUACACACAUAUUUCUUGGUUUCUACGAUGUAUGAAAAUUGCCACACUAGCAUAAGGAAAUCCAAGGUGCUUGUACAGGCUGUAAGGCCACAUGAACAAGAGCUA